AUGCGCCCGCCAGACUGGCGCACCAGCUGGAGUCACCUGCCACUAGACAAGGGCGAAUGGAUCUCGGAGCUGUGGCAUUGCAAGGAUCUCGAUACAAUGGAGUCAGGACUCACGCUCGUGACCAACAAACAUCGUGUCCAGGCUAUAGGAUACUACAGCAAGCCGUUGAAGAGUAGUAUCCGACUGGUCGCUGUGCUGGGCCCGCAGCCACGCCGACUCUACUAUGAUGCCGACUACGGCAUAGAGACGCACGGAAUCGAUCCUGCCGACUGGCCAUGGCAGCCUCCACUGGGUGCCGGCCUGUCGCCGCGGAAGCGGCUGCGGCCCCCCCGUUCGCCGACCCCUCGUUCGCCGGCACCCCGUUUCCCCAUGACCAGCUUCUGCUUCACUAGGGCUUGCCUCGAGGGCGUGUCCGGGGUGGCCGUGUGCCAAAUUGGCGCCGUAGUCAGCGGGCUGAUACUUAGCUACGCCAAAGGGCAUCGCGAAUGCGUGGGCAAUAUCCGCACCGACUGCCUUAGGCGACCCGUGCCGGUAGGGCCCGCCACCGAAUUCUGGCUCGUGGUAUCCACGGUCAAGCCGGGGAAGCUCCAGGCCACGGCGGUAGACUUUGACCACUACCCGCCGGGCGACACGCGGAUCCCUUGGGAAGGCGUCCUCGAAUGGUGGCAGGCUGGCACCCAGGCGAGAAUCUACCACGAGGGGAGGGAGAUACGACCUUUUGAUGACUAG